UCCGCCCCACUUUCAACGGGUUGCUAGGCAACGAUAGUCAGGUGACUGUCUGCAGACAGAACAUGGCCGACCUGUCAGAAGACCAAUGAGGGAAAGGCCAAAUUUAGCAUAAUCGAUCUUACUUUUUUACGUCGUUCCUGACCACAGUUGACCGUCGUGGACAGCAGUUGACCAGAGGUAUUCAAGAUGAGCGGGUUGCCAGAGGAAAUAGCAAAUGGCCCAAGCAGAAGUGAACACUUAGAGAAAGAUGCUCAAAUUUGGGAGAGACCCUGGAGUCUUGAAGAGAUGCGGCAGAGCAGUGCCAACUGGUCCUUGGCAGCCGAUUCGGGGCUCUUCCUGUUCCUCCAAGACUUCUCCCACAGAAUGCUGUCAAAGACACAUGAGAUUGAAAAGCAGUUGGACAGUCUGAUCCGCGACACCAAGGCCACAGACAGCUGCUUGCACUCUGUCUUUAACGACUUUCUCAUGCUUUCCAAUACACAGUUUAUAGAAAAUAGAGUGUAUGAUGAAGAGGUAGAAGAGACUAUCUCCAAGGCUGAUGCUUUGGAGAAGCAGCCUGAGCAGGAGAAGACUCGAGAGCAGAAAGAGGCAGAGUUGAUCCCUAAGAUGCAGGAAGCUGUAAACUAUGGUCUGAGAGUGCUGGAGUCAGCCUUUGAGCAUUUGGACAUCAAAGCAGGAAACUCUGACUCAGAGGACGAGGAAGUCACAGACCGAGUGGAAGCCAUCCUGGAGCCUAAGGAUCUUUAUGUGGACAGGCCACUUCCAUAUCUGAUUGGUUCCCAGCCCUUCAUGGAACAAGAUGAUGUUGGACUUGGUGACCUCUCAAGUGACGAAAUGUCAGUUGACAGUGACAGAGACAGUGUAAUUGAGAGUGAAGACGGCAAAGAAGGAGUUCAUUCAGAUGAGGAUUUUGAUCAGGAGGAGGAUGAAGGUCACAAUAAUAUUAAGAAGAAGUCAUCCAUGUUGAGUUAUGAGGACGAUGAAGAGGAGGAGGAUGAGGAUUCUGACAUAUUUGGAGAAUCAGACGGGGAUGAUGACGACGACACAAAGAACACAGGCCCAUCGUCUUUUGCCGAUGAGCUGGCAGCCCGAAUCAAAGGUGAAACAGUUAACAAACCAGAAGGAGAUCGCGCAUCAUUGACAUCUAAGAAGAAAAGUAAAGGCAGGAAAGAACCAAAGCCUGCAAAGCCACAGGCAGCUGACAAGGACAGUGAUGACAUGUUUAAGCCACCAAAGAUGGAUGAUGAUGACUUCUCCCCGUUUGGAGGGAAAAGUGGCCUCUUCAGUGGAGGGAGAGGCCUGUUUGAUGAUGAUGACGAGGGUGAUCUUUUCUCUGAGGCACCAAAACCUCCUGUGUCCCAAGAGAAAAAGGUGCUGAAUGAAAGCAUGAAAAGCACAGCUCAAACUGCAGAAUCUGACAAACCUGGAAAGAAGAUUCCAUCGGGUGCUAUUUCAAUAUUCCCAGAUAACAGCCUGUUCAGUUUGGGGAAUGACUCUGAUUCAGUGGAGAGCAAGGAGAAUGGAGGUCCAGCUCCUAAGACCAAUGCUGCUUCCAAACAGGUUCCUACAGGAGCUGGUGUUGGUGGAGGAGGAGGUGGGCUGUUUGAUGAUGAAGACGAGGAUGAUGACUUCUUCAGUGGUAAAAGCCUGAAAAAGUCUGAGUCUGCUGGACAGGAAAAACCGAAACCCAAGAAAGCUAUUGACCUUUUUGAUGAUGAGGAUGGUGACAUAUUCAGUGAGAAGUACAGUGCGCCAACUCCAGCUCAGAGCAAGAAGGAGGUAGUAGAAGAGCAGGUUAAACAUCCUGAGAAGAAGAUGCCGGCAGGGGCCAUCUCCAUGUUUGGUCCUGGGACUAAAAGCUUGCUCAGUGAGAGCCUGAAAAAACAUCAACCAUCUACCAGCGAGGAAUCUGAGAAAUCUGUGGAGAAUGGACCUGCUCCAGAUGCUGGGAAGGCUGCUGUCAAGCAGACUCAGAAACCCCAGACCAGAGGCCUCUUCUCUGAUGAUGAAGACACUCCAGGAUUUCCAACCAUCCCUAAGAGCCAGUCUAAGCCUGAACCUACAAGCCUGGGCAAAACCAGCAAGGCCCCUUUAUCAUUAUUUGAUGAUGAGGAAGAAGAGGAUCUGUUCGCAUCUGCAGCUAAAUCUAAACCAAAACCUAAACAAGCUAAAGCCUCCACACCGCCACCCAGUAAGGCUGUGUCCAGCUCCCUCUUCAGUGAUGACGAGGACCAGUGGAUGAGUUCUAAAAGUAGUGCUGCUAAGCCAGAGGUCAAGACAGGAGGGAUGAAGUCCAGUGUCAGUGCCCCCUCCAGUCUCCCCAGUGCCAAAAUGUCUCACAAAAGUAGCCUCUUUGACGACGAAGAUGAUGACCUGUUUGCUCCAGCAAAAGAGUCAAGUCAGAAGAAAUCUCAGAGAGUUGCUCUCUUGUUUGAAGAUGAGGGUGAUAAUGAUGAUGAAGAUAAGGGAUCCCUCUUUGGGAUCAAACCUGCUGUCAACACAAACACUGCAGCCUCAGCUGCUAAAUCGUCCUCCCCGAUAGAGAAAUCAGAAGAGGUUGCAGUUUCUAGGAUGGCAGCAGAGGACAAGCCUUCAGAGGAGGAGAAGCCAGCAGCAAAGACCUCUGAGCCGCUCCCGUCAUCGCCCUUGCCAGAGAGCAGUGAAAGUAAAAAAAAGCCUGCUGGAGCAGUCAGUCUUUUCGGAGGCAUCGACGUUCUUGCCAGCAAGCAGACAAAGAGCCCGCUGGAUGAAGCUGACAAUGAUGACGGCUUCCUCUCUAAGGACAGCCCACCACCCAAUGUUAUAAAGGAGGAGAAGAAGGAAGAGAAAGUCAAAACAAACACUGUUAGUCUAUUUGAUGAUGAGGAGGAAGAUGAAUCGGAUUGGAAUGAUCCAAUAUUCACACCAAGUAAACCCACAGCAAGAAACACACUAAAGCCUACAGAGGAGCGACCGCAAGCAAAGAGCACAGGUGUGUUCCAGGAUGAGGAGCUGCUGUUCAGUCAGACGCAGCAGAAGGAUAAUGACCCAGAUGUUGAUCUCUUUGCCACUUCAGGGAAAGCUGCAAGCUCCAAGCCCAGCUCAGCAAAGCCAGCAGCACAAAGUCUGUUUGCAGAUGACGAUGAGGAUGACCUCUUCAGCUCCAUCAAGCCAAAAGCUCCUCCUCCGAAAGUAGCAGAGAAGCCCAGUAAACCUAAUGACAGAGCACCACUAGCAAGUCCAGAAUCUGUAUCAGAGAUUCAGAAACCUGCACCAAGCCCUGUAAAACCUAAAGAUUCCUCAUCAAGGAUUGGGAAACUUCAAGCCAACCUGAUGAUCAACCCUGCUGCGUUGCUCCCUGGUGCUGUCCCCAGUAUGCCAGGGGCCGUAAGUAUACUUCCUGGCAUGGGUCCUAGUUCCUCCUCUGGGGUUUCCAGCUCCAGCCUGAGCCCCAGCCCUGCCACAACUCCUGUAGGAGCCCAGACAGACAAGGAGGGAGGAGUGAGCUUCGACACCCCAGUCCAGGUUACAACACUGCAGAGCGCACACAAGAGUCGUGCCAAAGGUUCUGUACAACGGAGACCCCAGUCCAGAGCAGCCAGGCAGCAAGCAGUCCAAAGAUCUACGACGACUAAAGAAGAGACCCUGGGUGGAGAUGUACCUGGGCCGAACCCCAGUCUGUCUGGUUUAGUCUUACCUCGACCAGACAAGUCCAGCCAGGCGCGUGCCAGUCCGACACUACCAGACUCAGCUGCACCCACAGCCUUGUCCGCCUCCUCACCUUCUCAAUCUUCUCUCUCUGAAACCUCCCCCAGACCCUUUGUACUGACUCUGCCAGUAUCCACAAACGCUGGAAAGAAAGACUCUGGUAAAGACAGCAGCAGUGCCAAGGUGCUGCCCUCUUCUGAUGAGGAUGACCUUUUUGGCUCUGACAGUUUGUUUGGGGCCACUUCAGUCACUAACACACCCUCCACUAGACAAACUACCAAGACUACACAACCUCAGGCCAGUAGCAAUGUGGGAUUGAUGAAAGACAAAGACAAAAGCACACUCCCAUCCAUUUUUGAUGACAACACUGAUGACCUUUUCCAAAAGGUCAAGGCAAGGUCAGCUACUAAGAAAGCCAAGGCCUCGUCCUUCUUGGAAGAGGAUGAUGAUGAGGACAUCUUUGGAGUGAGCAACAGCUCCACUCCCACAUCCACAAGUAGUAAAGAAAUUAGCAGUAGUUUUUCAAAGCAGGACAUCUUCCAGGAUGAAGUAGCCACUGUGCCUAAAGUUCACAAGAAGCACAAAGAGAAGACCAUUGAUGCCAGCUUGUUCGAUGACAACAUAGACAUUUUUGCUGACCUGACGGACACUUUAAAGCCAAAACAGAAGUCCAAGAUAAAGGGAGAGACCAAGUCAAUAUUUGAUGAUGACAUGGAUGACAUCUUCUCACCUAGCACAGUAAAACCAGUCACGAAGGCUCCCCAAUCAAAGGCUCCCCAAUCAAAGAAAACGCCACCGUCUCAGGAGACCAGUACAGCAGCGGAUUCAAGCAACAUAUUUGAUGAUCCACUUAAUGCUCUUGGUGGGAACUGAACAGUUGUUUCUGUGUAGCCAGAUUUGUACAAUUGUGGAUGAAUUAUUUUGUCAUUUGGGAUUGCUGAAAGAUUGGAGAUCGGAUACACUGUUGAUAGAGUAUUUAUUCAUAUGAAUUCAUAUAAAUACUGUGGCAUAUUUUUGGCAGAAAAAGACUCCAAAUGAAAAUGAUUCCAGUCAUCUUCCGACAGCACCUCCAAAAUCAUCUCGGCAUCAGAUCAUAUUAUGUAACAGUUAUUAUAUACUGUUAAUCUUUUAUACAUGAUAGCACUUUAUAAGCAUACCAUAUGCUUAGCCUCAAAGCCUGCAGAAAUUAACAGUAAAUUGUUUUUGUUUGUUUUUGAAGAUGUUUAUCCUUUGGCUUUUCCAUGUUGAGAUUCCAUGUCUUUGGGUUUGUGCCAUAUCAUGGUUAUGAGAAAUCAAUGUGUUUACUUACUGUCUUAGGCAUUUUGACAAUGUUUUUAUUAAUAAGAAAUCCAUCAAUUUCUUAACUUUGGCUGUGAUGAAAAAGGAAAUUCAUUUUUAAUAACUAAAAAGACAUAUUUUAUGCUA